UACAGGAAGUGUGAAAAUUGUAGCUGGCGUCGUGGAACAGCGGAUACAUUUUCGGGCACUGUUUUAUUUGUAGAUUUUGAUUUUGUUUUAGUCAUGUCGGAAAGAAAAGUUUUGAACAAAUAUUACCCACCAGAUUUUGAUCCCUCUAAAAUCCCCAAACUCAAACUACCCAAAGAUCGUCAGUAUGUUGUGCGGUUGAUGGCGCCAUUCAAUAUGAGAUGUAAGACGUGUGGGGAAUACAUCUACAAGGGGAAGAAGUUCAAUGCCCGUAAGGAGACUGUGCAAAACGAGCAGUACAUGGGGUUACCCAUCUUCCGCUUUUACAUCAAGUGCACACGCUGCCUGGCUGAGAUCACAUUCAAGACUGACCCUGAGAACACAGACUAUGCCAUGGAGCACGGCGCCACGCGCAACUUCCAGGCGGAGAAGCUGAUCGAGGAAGAGGAGAAGAAGCUGCAAAGGGAGAGGGAGGAGGAAGAGCUCAACAACCCCAUGAAGGUUCUGGAGAACAGAACACGUGACUCCAAGCUGGAGAUGGAGGUCCUGGAGAACUUGCAGGAGCUGAAGGAGCUGAACCAGCGACAGGCGCAGGUGGACUUUGAGGGCAUGCUGAACCGUUACAAGGAGUAUGAAGCAAACGAGAGGAAGAGGCAGGAAGAGGAGGACGAGCGGGAAACCAGGGAGAUGCUGGACAGAGCGCUGGUGAAAAGACUGAGAGAUUCAGACUCUGACUCUGAUGAGGAGAGACAGAAGGGAAGGGAGAGAGCACAGAGAUGCGGCACAGACAAACCCACUGACAUCCUGACCACGGACAGACCCACAGACGCACAGGCCUCUGCACCACCAGCAGGAGGCAUAAAGCGACCUCGGGGUGAGAGCUGGGACAAGAGUGUAGGGGGGCUGGGUGGGGGAGCACUAGGAUCUCUGGUGGUGAGGAAGAAACCAGGAAGUUCUGCCCCUAAACCUGAAGUGGCAGCUCCUCCCACAAAGCACUCCGUCCAAUCAGAAGCGAAUGAUCCAAAAGCCACAUCUUCCUGUAGUGCUCCACCGGCUGUCACCAGCCAGACAAUCACAGCACAGAAUGGGUCUUCACUCAGCCUGUUGGGGGCGUAUUCUGACACUGAUGACAGCGAAUGAGAGAGCUGCAGCUCUGAUGGAGUUUAUUGAUGUCUGAGUUAUGUUCAGGUCGUGACAUUGCAAUAAAUAUGAAUGGCUAAUAGAACAGAGAACAGUUAUUAGACAUGUGGAAACUUCACCUUGGUCCAAUCUAACGUAAAACAUUUUAGUCCUCUCAGAAGGGGUGGAAUCCUGUUUA